AUGGAUCUUCCCGUCAUCGACCUCGACGUCUUCCUUCGCGAACCACGUGACUCGCAAGCGGUUCGCGACGAGUGCGACAAGGCGGCGGCGGCGCUCGUCACGUACGGGGCGCUGGUGCUCCACGACUCGCGGGUGUCGGAGCAGGCCAACGACACGUUCCUGGACCUGCUGGAGGACUACUUUGCGCAGCCCGAGGAGGUGCUCCGGCGCGACGAGCGGCCCGAGCUGGGCUACCAGGUCGGCGUGACGCUCGAGAACACCGAGAAGCCAAAGUGCGCCGUCGACGAGCCCUGCCUCAAGGUCAUUGAGCGCCUGCAGCCCGAGGAGCGGCCUCUGGACAUCUCGGCGCACGACCCGGAUCCGAAGUGUCGCUUCUUCUGGCGCAUGGUCGAGCAGCCGCCGUACGAGACCGAGUUCCCCGCCCUCAACGCUCCCAACGUCACGCCCGAGGCCCCGCACAUCCGCGAGAGAUGGGCGCCGACUAUGGAUCAGUGGGGCGGGCUGAUGAAGAAUGCCGUGUCUGAGCUUGCCGAGAUGGCCGCGAUCGGUCUUGGACUCCCGAGUGGAACUUUCAAGGACGCGGGGCGUUACGGUCCACAUCUCUUGGCGCCUACAGCUUCCGACUUGAGAAAGUAUGGCAAGGAGGAUACCAUCCUGGCUGGGUUUCACACCGAUCUGAAUUUUCUGACGAUACACGGUCGCUCUCGCUACCCCGGGCUACACAUCUGGGCCCGCAACACGGGCAAGAAGAUUGCGGUCAAGAUCCCCCCUGGAAACCACCUCCUCGUUCAGGCCGGCAAGCAGUUUGAGCACCUCACCGGCGGCCUCGUCAAGGCUGGAUUCCACGAGGUUGUCGUCAACAAGGCGACGAUGGACGUGAUGGAGAGGAGGAAGCGAGAGAACCCCGACAGGCCACUGGUCCGAAUCUCGUCCACAUUGUUCUGGCACCUGUCGUCUGACUUUGACCUUGUGCCAAUCCCGAAAUUGGCUGAGAAGGCAAAGGCAGUUCGUGCCGAGCAGUUCAAUCUAGGGAGGGAUGAAGGCGAGGAGGUCGAGUACCCGCACAUGAAGGUUGGCAAGCAGGUUGAAAAGUAA